GUAUCCAAUUCUUCCCUUUCUCCUCUUAUCUCACACAAUUAGAAAAAGCAUAUUUAUUAAUAAGUGAGAAAGAGAGAGAGAGAGAGAGAGAGAGGAGAAAGAGAAACAGUAUCUAAUCCAUGGCAGAAUCAGUAACAAACAACUGGGUUUGUGUCUUAUCCACUCCAUCAUCUGGCCCACCACCAGACAGACCUGAGUUCUUGAGCUUCACAAAUGAUGGGUUUAGAAAUCAUCACAAACGCCACAAGAUCGCUGCUUCUUUCACAAUGACCAUGGAUUCUAGGUCUUCUCAAACCAGGAAGAAGGAAGAGCUAUCAAUACAGGCUCCAGCUACAUCUAUUCCUCAAGCUGAGACCUCGAGACUAUCUGAUCUGCGAUUUGACCGUCUUCAAAUACCAGAAAAAGAAUUGAUACAUGAAGACAAGUUCGAAUUUGGGCAAUUUGUGGCUCGAGACGCUAUAAUUGAUGAAGAAUUCUGGACUGCAGCUUGGUUGAGAGCAGAAAGUCACUGGGAAGAUCGAAUAAAUGACAGAUAUGUUGAUAACCACAAAAGGAAAUUUGCAGAGCAGGAGUUCCAUGCCAUAAAAAGGCGACGAACAGCUCAACAUGGACAAAAAUGUAGAUGCAUCGUCACGGUAAGAAAAGAAGACAAAAAUGUAAAACGAACUGUGCUGAAAAGUGUAGUUGGAACUCUUGAUUUGAGUAUCCGGUGCUUGUUGCAGGGAGAGAGUUUUCCAGGGGAGCGAGUGAAAGUUCCUGUCUUCCGUACCUUCUGCAGGAGGGGUCCAAAUACAUAUGGCUAUGUUGCGAACUUGUGUGUUGCCAAAUCAGCACGUCGCCAAGGGAUUGCAAGCAACAUGUUGCAUUUUGCUGUUGAAUCGGUUAAAUCUGACGGUGUAGAACACCUGUUUGUGCAUGUGCAUAGAGACAAUAGCCCUGCACAGGAUCUGUAUCAAAAGAUGGGCUUUAAGAUUGUUGAAGCAGCAAGCUCUCAGUUACUGGAAGAGAAGACUUACCUACUUUGUUGCAGGGUAUAAAAUCUGUCUAAUACAAAUUCAAUGUGGAAAAUACAGAAAGCAUCAUAUACCAGAAGCGUAGAACACUUCGAAAUACAUAGGGGUGGUUGAAAAUUUGAACUGUGAUAAGCACAACAAUUAUCUAUACUGCUAAUUGUAAACCUUGCUGUAAUUAUUGUUCUAAUAUGAAUGUAUCAUGAAAUUCUUGUUCGUAGUC